AUGGCUUUAAUCCUGCCACUCAAUAUAGCAGCCAGUGUUCAGCGCUGUUGUUCAUGUCGAGCGGGCACAUCACGCCUCACUGACCAAAUUAUUCAGAUUAUCGUGAAUCGAGCAUCUCUGUUUGAUGUAAUAAAAUGGCAGCAAAUUUCGAAGGGAUUUCGGCAAGCAGCCCAAAAACGACUCGAUGCUUAUACCGUUGUGGACAUCAAGGUAUAUGGUGGACUGCGACAGUUGCGCCACAAAGCUGGCGCCGGAUCAGAGUACGACUGGCAUCCAUCGCUGGCGCUAAUGCUGGUGGAGUUGGAGCCGAAUCGACUGGGUAUUGCAAUCGACUCCGAACUGAAGCCACGUGAUGUGACCGCUCUGCUGCGCCUACUUUUCACUUUAAGACGAAAAGUGGAACAGUUAUUUGUUGAUAGUCCAGUUAUCGAAUUGCUCGUCGCGCAGAUCAACAAGGAGCAGAUUAACAUGUUAAUCGAGAUAGUAGGGCUUUCACGGAAGCUGAGUCAUUGCCAGAGCCGAUGCAGCAAAAAACUAGAAGUGGCGCCUCGCCAACGAACCCAUCUCCCUGAAGCACCGUUCUUUCCAAGUCUCAAAAAACUGUCCAUCGUAUCCAAGGUAACAUUAAUUCAUACGGUUCAGCUAGUACCACUAAAUCUUUUUUAUUGUAACGAUGAAUAG